UGAGCCACGUGGUCGGGCGCAGCCAAUGGGAGCGGGCGCUGCCGGAGGUGAGGCGCUGCGGCAGCAGCCUGGUAAGAACUGAGAGGAAUAGACGGAGGAGGAGGCGGCCGGGGGAGGGGUGAGUGUCACCGAGAGCCGCCACCAGCCGCAGCCUCACAGGAGCGCCGCCAUGCCGAAUAAAAACAAGAAGGACAAAGAACCUCCAAAAACUGGAAAAAGUGGCAAAGGUGGAAAAGAAGGACAAGAUAACCCUGAACAUGAAGGUUCUAACAAGAAGGCAAACAAUUCCCCCCCACCAACUCAGGUAUCGAAAAUUAAGGUACCCACCCCUCAAACGGUUGUGAAGAAGGAAAAGCGACAGAGCUCCUCAAGAUUCAACGUGAGCAAUAACCGCGAACUGCAGAAGCUGCCGGCUCUGAAAGAUGUGCCCCCGGCUGAGCAGGAGAAGCUGUUUGUUCAGAAGUUGCGCCAGUGUUGCGUCCUCUUCGACUUUGUUUCAGAUCCAUUGAGUGACCUAAAAUGGAAGGAAGUAAAGAGAGCGGCCCUGAGCGAGAUGGUGGAAUAUAUCACCCACAACCGCAAUGUCAUCACGGAACCAAUCUACCCUGAGGUCGUCCACAUGUUUGCGGUGAAUAUGUUUCGGACAUUACCUCCGUCCUCCAAUCCGACUGGAGCAGAGUUUGACCCAGAGGAAGACGAGCCGACGCUGGAGGCUGCGUGGCCUCACCUACAGCUCGUAUAUGAAUUUUUCUUGAGAUUCCUGGAAUCUCCCGACUUCCAACCCAAUGUAGCAAAGAAAUACAUUGACCAGAAGUUUGUUCUUCAGUUAUUGGAGCUCUUUGACAGUGAAGACCCCAGAGAGAGGGAUUUCCUGAAGACAACUCUCCACCGCAUCUAUGGGAAGUUUUUAGGCCUCCGAGCUUACAUCAGGAAACAGAUCAAUAAUAUAUUUUAUAGGUUUAUUUAUGAAACAGAACAUCACAACGGCAUAGCAGAGCUAUUGGAAAUCCUUGGCAGUAUAAUUAAUGGAUUUGCCUUACCAUUAAAAGAAGAGCACAAGAUAUUCCUACUGAAGGUAUUAUUACCGUUACAUAAAGUGAAGUCACUCAGCGUCUACCAUCCACAGCUGGCGUAUUGUGUGGUUCAGUUUUUGGAGAAGGACAGUACACUAACUGAACCGGUGGUGAUGGCACUGCUCAAGUAUUGGCCGAAGACCCACAGUCCAAAGGAAGUUAUGUUUUUAAAUGAACUAGAGGAAAUUUUAGACGUCAUAGAACCUUCAGAGUUUGUGAAGGUCAUGGAACCCCUCUUCAGACAGCUGGCCAAGUGUGUGUCCAGCCCACAUUUCCAGGUGGCAGAGAGAGCUUUGUAUUAUUGGAAUAAUGAAUACAUCAUGAGCUUGAUCAGUGAUAAUGCAGCUAAAAUCCUUCCCAUUAUGUUCCCAUCCUUGUACCGAAACUCCAAGACACAUUGGAACAAGACUAUACAUGGCUUGAUAUAUAACGCUCUAAAGCUGUUUAUGGAGAUGAACCAAAAACUCUUUGAUGACUGCACUCAACAGUUCAAGGCAGAGAAGCAGAAGGAAAAGCUAAAGCUAAAAGAAAGAGAAGAAGCUUGGGUUAAAAUUGAGAAUCUAGCCAAAUCCAACCCCCAGUACCCCGUGUAUACUGACACGUCUGCUCUGAACAGUCCUGUUGCAAUGGAAACAGAUGGACCCUUACUUGAAGAUGUACAGAUGCUUAAGAAAACAGUGAGGGAAGAGGCAUCUCAGGUUCAAAGAGAACUGAAGAAGGAAAGACCCCUCGUACGACGCAAAUCAGAAUUGCCUCAGGACAUCUAUACCAUGAAAGCCUUGGAAUCUCAUUGCAGAGCUGACGAUUUAAUAACACACGAAGGGCAUUAGACUUUGACAAUUAAAUACUUUGUGGAUUUUUUUUUUUCCCCCGGAAGCAGUUACACAGCAGAUUUUUAUUUUAUUUUUUUUUCCAGUAAAUUUUUUUUUUUUUUUGUGCCAUACCGGUCUGUUGAAUGCAGUCAGUUUUUCUUCAACCCAGUUCUGUAGGCAAUAACGUAAAGCGAUGUACAGCCUAAGAUCAGAUGUUCAAACAAUGGUAAAAAGAAAAAAAAACAAAAAAAAAAAACUUUUUAUCGUAUAUGCAGAACACUGGGUUGCGUAUUAUUCGCCGGCCCACUCCAGCGGCUGCUUACACAAAAGCGGGGCACGCACAGUCUGUAGAUCACCGCCGUGCGCUCCACCCUGAUCGCAAACCAUGUGACAGCCAUGCAAAAAGACGAUGGUGCUUCAGAGAGAUCUCCCCUUCACUGGUCCAUGUACUAACCUUUUCUUGUGAUCUCUUCUAACCGAGUGUCUGGUCUAAUUUCAACUAUGGGGGAACAAAGUAGAGGCUUUAACUGCAUGAGCCGCAUAGAAUUUUAUGGGGUAACGUUCCUUUUUUUUUUUUUUUUCUCUUCAGUUAUGUAUAUCGUUUGCUUUAGACAAGCCUCAUAUACUGUUGAAGUAAGUUUUAUUUUAUUUAAUUUUUUUUUUUUUUUUUUUUUUUUUUUUUUCUCUCCCUCUCCAUGUAUUGAAAGCCAUAUUCUUGUCAGUCGCCGUCAUUGCCAUCCUCCAUAUAUAUUUUUUUAAAAGUAUUACAAUGCCAUUUCUAGAAAAGUGCACUAACCAAGCCAUUGUGUUACCGUUUGGGUCAAUCAAGCAACUUAAGUGAUGAAAAGAAAAAAAAAAAAAAAGAGGAAAAAAAAAAAAAAAAAAUUGGUGUUCAAAAAAUUUGUUCUUGUUCUUGAAAAUAAAAUACAGUUUCACUGCUGAUCUUGUUCCUGGGCACGGACGCUGAGACUUUAAUUUUUUUUUUUUUUUUUUCUAUUUCUUUAUUUUUUUUUUUUUUCUCCUUCUUUGCUCUCAUUUAUUACAGUAAAGUUGCAUUAGAUGAUAUUUUAGGGUUUUUGUUGUUUUUUUUUCUAUGAUUUUAUAAAUGCUGGUAGCAUGCAUGCGUACUGUAUCGGCUGUCGCCUGCUUAUAAAUAUGUAUAUUUUUGAUUAUUUGCAAAACAACAAAAAAAAAGGUUGUAUAAGGGGGUUGAUACAUAAGCGAUAAAAGACGAUGAGGAAGAAUGCAGCGGCGACAAGAGAGCGUCUCUCCCCGCUGGAGGACGAGGUCCGCAGAGUUCACCAUCGAACAGGUUGUAAAUAUUCUCCUUAUUGCUGUUUUAACUUUUUAGAUGCUGCUAAAUAUUCACCAAGGUUUCAUGAUGGCAAAGCACCGACAUAUUGUGCUGUUAUUUUUGUACUUAGUUUUUUUUUUCUCUCAGGUGGCCAGUAUUCAGGUUUCUAAAAUUUUUACAUUUUUCUUUUAAAUUUUUUUUUUCUUGUCACAUGCAGCAAAGUAUUAGAAUUAAGCGUCUCACAUUUGACUUUAGCAACUUCUUCUCUUCUGCGCUGCAUUUUUUUUUUCUUUUGCUGCCAUAGGCUUGUAAAGACGACCAUCGGCGGGAUCCGAUGACAAUGGGCUUAUGUCUGUGUGCGCUGUCAGACCAUCUCUGGACGGACUGUGAUAGAGAUCGGCUUAGUGGGAUCAUGCAGGCUGGGCAAACUUUUUUUUUUCUGCAGGUAUAAAAUUUUUGCUAAAUUUUUAGUCAGGUCUACCAUAAGGGUAAUUCCCAUCUGGACAUUUAUGCCAUAUUCACAUGCCAUAAAUGUCUAAUACAGUGUUUCCUGACCGGGGUGCUGCCAGCUAUUGCAAAACUACAACUCCCACCAUGCCCGGACAGCCGAAGGCUGUCCGGGCAUGCUGGGAGUUGUAGUUUUGCAACAGCUGGCACCACCCUGGUUGUUCCUGAACACCACCCUGGUUGUUCCUGAACACCUCCACUGCUAUAACCCGACCCUGGGGGAUGGGGACGCUCGAUCUUAAGAUAGGUCUGGAUCCCAAAAAUGAAUGUAGCCUAAAAGCCCAGGUGGGAAUACCGAUUUAGGGUACAUUCACACGCCCAGAUUUUUUAGCGGGUUUUCCGCUGCGUAUUUGAAAGUGGGCAGGCUCUUCUCGGCUGUCCG